CGAAUGUUUUUUCUAUCUGUUCUUACAGGAAAUAUGAAGAUUAACGCAACUACCAAAAUGGCCACCCCGAUUGAAGAGAAAUUCGAUCAAAAUCUUAAGACGCGCACCGGGAUGGUGAUGAUCAGCGAUGGCAAAAGCAAACCAGAGCUGGCCCGGUUGCAUCUUUCGAUGGAAAUGAUCACCAUUCAGAAACAGGACACAUCCACUCCGGCUCCGACGCCAACCAGCACCAGUCAUCCACCAAUAGAGUCUAAGGAACGUAUGGUACAAAUCACACGACAGAAAGUCGGUGGCCUAGGAUUAAGCAUAAAGGGAGGAGCCGAACACAAGCUUCCAAUACUGAUAUCCCGGAUCUACAAGGACCAGGCUGCUGAUGCGACGGGUCAGCUGUUUGUGGGCGAUGCCAUCAUCAAGGUAAAUAUUUCUGUAUUUGUCGUAUGAUAAUUGAAUUAGAGGCUUUGAGUAUUGCAAUAAAA